UAGCUUUCUGUUUGGUUCCAGAGAAAUUAAACUGAAGCUUUACACUAGGGUUUAACCCGCGUUAGCGACCAAGUUAGAGUGUACUUCAAGGAGCGACGCGACUACUUACCUUUAUACAGUCGCUUCUCUCUCUCUCACACGCGCGCACGCUCACACACACACUACUACCUGUUUGGCUCCCUGGAAUGUGGGAACGUGGAGGGAGUAAAAUUAAGACUUUUCUAUUUUUAGGGUUUAAUGCCUUCGAACUUUUGGUCGUGUUGGGUUUUUUUUUAUACGUGUAUUCAGUGUUUAUUUUCAGUUGGUUUUCUCGGGUGACAAUUUUGGGCUUUAGGACAGUGAGGCAUUAUGAUCUGGGCUUCUUUUGUUCAAUUUCCACGAAUAUUAUCCUUGGGUAUUUACUAGUUCUCCUUUAACCUCGUGUUGGUUCUCUAAUUGACAAAAGUGAAACAAAAAGUUUACUCGAAAGUUAUUUACUUUUAACAUAAAUAUAGCAUCUUGACCUCAGUUCCACAGUCCACAAGUCACAUUUUCUUCCGUUGCAAUUAUUGUAAACUAGCACUUGCUUAAAUCUGACUGUUAUUUCUUGCAAUUAUUUUGGCGGAUCAACUUCUUCAUUGUGAUGGGUCGAGGGCUUUGUGGGAUGAGGUCUUUGUCAAGCUUGGUAUUUCUUGGGUGAUGCCUAAGAGUGUGGGGAAUCUUUUGGCCUGUUGGAGAGGGAUUCAAGGAAAUCGUCAAAUAGCGGCUGUUUGGAAGAUGAUUCCUCUGUCUUAUGUGGUGUAUUCAACAAUAGAGAACAAUCGAGGACAGCAGCAGACCAGAUAUUGCGGGAUUUGCAAAACAAUCCGGAUAUGUGGCUCCAAGUUAUGCACAUCCUUCAAAAUACAAAGAACCUCAACUCCAAGUUCUUUGCCUUGCAGGUCCUUGAAGGUGUUAUAAAGUAUCGGUGGAAUGCAUUGCCCGUUGAACAGCGAGAUGGAAUGAAAAAUUACAUUUCUGAAGUUAUUGUGCAGCUCUCAAGUAAUGAGGCAUCUUUUCGAGUGGAAAGGCUGUAUGUCAACAAACUCAACAUUAUAUUGGUUCAGAUAUUAAAGCAUGAAUGGCCGGUUAGAUGGCGAAGCUUUAUUCCUGAUCUUGUUGCUGCAGCUAAAACUAGUGAAACAAUUUGUGAGAAUUGCAUGACUAUAUUGAAACUUCUAAGCGAAGAAGUUUUUGAUUUCUCAAGGGGGGAGAUGACUCAACAGAAGAUCAAGGAUCUUAAACAGUCAUUGAACAGCGAGUUUCAACUUAUUCAUGAGUUAUGCUUGUAUGUACUAUCAGCAUCUCAAAGAGCUGAGCUUAUACGUGCUACAUUGGCCACACUGCAUGCUUUUCUUUCAUGGAUUCCCUUGGGUUAUAUUUUUGAGUCUCCAUUGCUUGAGACACUCUUAAAACUUUUUCCUGUGCCAUCAUAUCGGAAUCUUACCCUUCAAUGUUUAACAGAGGUUGCAGCCCUUAAUUUUGGGGACUUUUACAAUGUGCAGUAUGUUAAGAUGUACAAUAUAUUCAUGGGGCAAUUACAGGCCAUUCUCCCCCCUGCAACAAACAUCCCUGAAGCUUAUGCACUUGGAUCUAGUGAGGAACAGGCAUUUAUUCAGAACUUGGCACUGUUUUUCACCUCUUUCUACAAGUUUCAUAUUCGAGUGCUGGAAGCCACUCAAGAGAAUAUAGCUGCCUUGCUAAUGGGUCUUGAGUAUCUUAUCAACAUCUCAUAUGUGGAUGACACAGAGGUUUUUAAGGUUUGCUUGGACUACUGGAACUCCUUGGUUUUGGAAUUGUUUGAGGCACACCAUAAUCUUGCUGAGAAUCCUGCAGUUGUUGCUGCAAAUAUGAUGGGGCUGCAGAUGCCAUUGCUCCCUGGUAUGGUUGAUGGCCUUGGUCCACAGCUUCUGCAGAGGCGGCAGUUAUAUGCUGGUCCAAUGUCUAAGCUGAGAAUGCUUAUGAUCUGUCGAAUGGCUAAGCCUGAGGAGGUUCUCAUAGUUGAAGAUGAAAAUGGGAAUAUUGUUCGUGAAACCAUGAAGGACAAUGAUGUUCUUGUUCAAUAUAAGAUCAUGAGGGAGACACUUAUAUAUUUGUCACAUCUUGAUCAUGAGGAUACUGAAAAACAGAUGUUGAAAAAAUUAAGUAAACAACUAAGUGGCGAGGAUUGGACAUGGAACAACUUGAACACGUUAUGCUGGGCAAUAGGAUCUAUCUCUGGCUCCAUGAUGGAAGAUCAGGAAAACAGAUUCUUGGUGAUGGUGAUUCGGGAUUUACUAAAUUUAUGUGAAAUUACUAAAGGGAAAGAUAAUAAAGCUGUUAUUGCAAGUAACAUUAUGUAUGUUGUGGGACAGUAUCCAAGGUUUUUAAGAGCACAUUGGAAAUUCUUGAAAACUGUUGUGAACAAGUUGUUUGAGUUCAUGCAUGAGACUCACCCAGGAGUUCAGGAUAUGGCCUGUGACACAUUCUUGAAAAUCGUUCAGAAGUGCAGGCGUAAAUUUGUAAUUGUACAGGUUGGAGAGAAUGAACCAUUUGUAUCUGAACUUCUGGCAGGCCUUGCAACAACCAUUGUUGAUCUUGAACCUCACCAGAUCCAUACAUUUUAUGAAUCAGUUGGUCAAAUGAUACAAGCAGAAUCUGAUCCCCAGAAACGGGAAGAAUACCUUCAGAGGUUGAUGGAGCUUCCAAAUCAGAAAUGGAGUGAGAUCAUAGGGCAGGCACGCCAGAGUGUUGAUUUUCUGAAGGAUCAAGAAGUAAUCCGGACUGUGCUUAAUAUUUUGCAGACGAAUACCAGCGUUGCCACUUCACUUGGAACACAUUUCUUAUCUCAAAUUUCUCUGAUAUUUUUGGACAUGCUUAAUGUGUACAGAAUGUACAGUGAGCUUAUAUCAAGUAGCAUUGCAGAAGGAGGACCCUUUGCAUCUAAAACAUCCUAUGUAAAACUAUUACGGUCAGUUAAAAGAGAGACUCUUAAGCUCAUUGAGACAUUCUUGGACAAGGCUGAAGAUCAACCACAGAUUGGAAAACAAUUUGUUCCACCGAUGAUGGAUCCCGUUCUUGGUGACUAUGCCAGGAAUUUGCCUGAUGCUAGAGAGUCGGAAGUUCUGUCACUUUUUGCCACAAUAAUAAACAAGUACAAAGUUGCAAUGAUAGAUGAUGUGGCUCGUAUAUUCGAAGCGGUUUUUCAAUGCACAUUGGAGAUGAUUACAAAAAACUUUGAAGAUUACCCAGAGCAUCGCCUCAAGUUUUUCUCCUUACUCCGUGCAAUUGCUACACAUUGUUUUCCUGCAUUAAUUCGUUUAUCAAGUCAGCAACUAAAGCUUAUCAUGGAUUCCAUUAUAUGGGCAUUUCGGCAUACAGAAAGGAAUAUUGCUGAGACUGGGCUCAACCUUUUAUUGGAGAUGUUGAAAAACUUCCAGAGUUCUGAGUUCUGUAAUCAAUUCUACCGGACAUACUUCCUAUCAAUUGAGCAAGAAAUAUUUGCUGUCUUGACGGACACCUUUCAUAAACCUGGGUUCAAGUUGCAUGUCUUAGUGCUACAACACUUGUUUUGCCUGGUUGAGUCUGGUGCAUUGACAGAGCCUUUAUGGGAUGUUGCUACAAUUCCUUAUCAAUAUCCAAAUAACACCGUAUUUGUUCGUGAGAACACCAUAAAACUAUUGAGUACAUCAUUCCCUAACAUGACUGCGGCAGAGGUCACUCAAUUUGUGAAUGGACUAUUUGAGUCGAGAAAUGAGCUCUCUGCGUUUAAGAAUCACAUAAGAGACUUUCUAGUGCAGUCAAAAGAAUUUUCAGCCCAGGACAAUAAAGACCUUUAUGCAGAGGAAGCUGCUGCUCAGAGAGAAAGAGAGCGGCAACGGAUGCUUUCUAUUCCUGGGCUUAUUGCACCCAAUGAGAUACAAGAUGAGAUGCUGGACUCAUAGAAGAUGAUGUGGGAUCUAAUCUCUUAGAAUUUUAUAACUCAGUUGCAAUGGGCACCUUGAUUUCUGUACCAGAUUCUGUAGAUGUGAACAAAGAAAGUGCGCAAUUUUCCCCUACGUGUCCCUUCUGUUCCCCAGAUUUUUCUUGUCAAAAAUGGUAUAUCUCUAAGGUGCUCAGGCGCAAAGGUUAGGCUGCUGGCGAUACUGCCUAUAUAUGUCCAUUGGCUGGGUGUAGAUUAUCUAGUUUCUAAUGUAGGGAUGAAUUGAAUCAUAGUACGGGUUUUUCUGGUCCAGCUUGAUAUUGUAUUUGCGGGAUGAGAUGCAUACUGUUUAAAUGACUCAUCUUGAAGUAUUGAUGAUUCAUCUUAGGUGUAACUUAUACCGACCGUGGAGGCUUGUGCAGAAACUCCUUCGGUUCAUAGAAUGUGAUAUGUUUUUUGUGUUUGGUAAAAAGGACUGUUCGUCUUUCCAACCCUAUAGCUAUUAGUGAAAUUUAAGCACUGCUUGCUGUUAA